CUUCUGGGUGCUCCUCUUACAUCUCCUUCCCCGGCCCCUUCGCCUUUGUCCGACUACGAUAAUGAAACUCUAAUGUUCCUCGAUCCCGAAGACCCUAAUUUCCCUCUCCCCUCUCGGUCUCCUACGACGAGCCUUUCGGAAUCUCCCUCGUCAUUAGCCCAGCCCUCAUUCAUCUUGCCCCUCUAUUGGCGUUUUCUUCCUUUCCCUCCAACGUCGAGCCCUAAACCUAGCCCUUUCCCUAAUGAUCCUUACGCUUGUCCUCUCGAAACCUCAUAGGCAGAAUUUUCACCCCUCCGAGCCCUUUUGUCCUUCGUUGUGAGCUCUGACGUCAGGCAACGGCGCUUCUCUUCUUCUCCAGUUAAUAAGUCAUCUGCUGCGCCCCUCUUGACGCCGAAGCAACUGCAAGUAACCGUGUUCAGUAGAAGAAUCUUCAUCUCGUGUUUGUGACUGACAAAGUCUCCUUCUGCAGCAGCAAGAAUUUGAUCGCUUUCAGCAAUCCUUCAUUCUCCUCCGGAGGCCCCCUUCAAUGCUGCAGGAACUUUUGUAUGUUGGGCCUGGUGGAGAGGUUUGUUGUGGAAGCGGCUGUUGCAUGAACACUGGCUUUGACUUCAUAAGAUUGCAUCAAGUCAGACCUGUAAGUGAUAUGAAAGCCAUUACAUAAGCGAACAAAGGGAUCAAACCAUCUUCUUCUUAGAACAGAGCUCUCUCUUCCCCUCCUUCCAUUCUGUCUCUAGGCACUUUCCUACAUUUCCUUUUUUCCUAAUUGUACAUGUCCUUAUUCUUUCCGGCUGUUCCCUAUGAGUAAGUCUCUGACUACCCUCCCGAGUACCUACCUACCUUUAGAUUCCCUGGUGUCCCAAAGAGCUCUUCUAAACUUGUGCUUUUCCAAGACCAAUUGGAACCCCCUCAGUCUCCAUUCCAUCUCUCCAUGGAGAAAGCACCAACGUUGGCAGCCAAUAGGUUUCAUGACGACUCCAACAAAGAGCCUGAAACCUUGGAGGACAAACUGAUGCAUCGCCUAUCUUCAUUCUCGACGGUGAUCCCCUUUUCUUUAGUAAUUCACAGCUUGCGCUCACUUAAGAGGUUGACAAUUUGGCCUAUAUAUCUGCUGGGUCCAGCUCCAAGGCAAAAGACUAGACGAGUCUUCUUGAAUCUUGGACGUUUUGGCCUUCAAACUUUGACAGGGUCUUCAUACUUGGAAGACACACACCUUCCUAAGCAAUCCUGUCCAGGUACUCCGGACUCAUCCUCGUACAUCAAUGGAAGACAAGAAGUUGGAAGUCACAUCAACUAUCAUUUCCUUAUAUAUUAAAGCUUCAUCGAAUACGGUUGUAUGAAACUUUUUAGAAAUACUCCUGGAUACGUGCAUUGUAACUUACACCUGUGAGACUACCACGGCACAGAGUUUAUGUUGUUCAAGCCUUCGGACCCUAAUGUUUUUAAUUUUGAAGCUCUGUUUGCCUUUUGAUGAUGUUUUGUAAGUUAAAUUUUGGUCUCAAUGUGCAACUCAAUUUUUUAA